UUCAGUGUGUUUGCUGGUGCAGGACCACAGCCAGGCCCUGGGGGUGCAGCCGGGUGCCCCUGCCCUGUGUGCUGCUGCACUGGGUGGUGGGAGCAUUGGGGAACGCUCAGAGCAGUGCAAGGCUGCAGGGAAAGCUCUCAGGGCAGCUCUCAGGUCUUGCAGAGCAUCUCCAUGAUGAGGGAGCAGGGGGGACCUGGUGAACACAGCUUCCAGUUCCCUACAGGGCAGAGGUUCUUCCCAUGUGCAGGCAGGCUUGAAUGGACCCAGGUGGGCAUAGUGGCUGUUAACAUCCUAAAACCAGGUGAGAAGAAGCAGGUGUGUGGGUAGGGCAUGAGAGGAUCCAGGCAGCCCUGUGCAGGGCCAGCACCUCCCUGCCCUGCCCCACCCUGUUCAGGUUUGCAUUGGGAUCUUCAGGUGCCUGGUACGCUGCGACCAAUUGGAAAAUUGAAUGCGAUAUCAAGUUAAUUAAAACUGCCCUCUGUGUGUUAAUCUUCUUGUCAAGUUUUAAUUAAGUGCUGAUAAAAGCUCAGCACAGGGGGUGGUCCUGAACUCCCCCAGCCAGCCAAUGGACUUCUCGUUAGCACAUCACCGGGUUACUGGGAGUCCCCAGUGCCCAGGAAGCCUGGCUGGUGAGAGCACCUAUGCAGGGGUGCUGCCACUUUCCUUUGAAGAAAAAGUGAAGUGUGGCCAUUUUCUGGCCUGCACUCAGUCCUCCCUGCCAGCCCGGAUGUUCUGCUGUGAGGCACUGUAACUCAGGCUCAUCUCAAGAACCAGCGCUUCUAUCUCCUCCUCCGUGCACGGAACCGAUGCCCCGUGAGCUCUGUGUGUACCUGUGGGUGUCGUCUCGGUGCUGUGCGGGUGCUGCUCGGCUGCCACUUGCAGCAGGAAGCGCUGGCAGGGGCUGAAGGGCAGCAGAAGGACGGCUCAAUUAUUCUGUGUCAUCCGCGAGGAGCUCAGCUCCUGUCGGAGUCCCACCGGAGAGCAAUGGAACGCUCUGCUUUUGAAGCCCUGGAAACACAGAGGUGUGGCCCUCAGCAGAGGAGCUGGACAGGAACACUUCCCUCACAUCGUCCUCAGUGUGGGGAAUGACAUCUAACUGCUGCCGUUGUGCCCAGGCAUGAGCCUGCACCAGCAUCACCAGUACUAGUCGCCUCCCUGAAGAAGCCACAGACUUUCUCAGCAGCGCUCCAAGAAUGCAGCCUAGUGGCCUCGCCGCGCGCCCCAGCACACACCGCGCUGUCACCACUCCCAGGUGACAAACGAGCGUGCCGGGAAGGGGAAGGCUUCCAUGGGCAGCAUGACCCCCUCCUCAUCCCUCUUCAGGAGCGAGAUCAGGGCAGUGAUAACGGCUUUGUUUCAAAGGAAGAAGAGGAAGGAAAAUGGAAGUGAUGUCUACAACAACAGGAGUUGCCUCACCCAAUGUCCCAAGGACCUUGGCUGCCAAACCUGCACGGACAUAAACGGCUUGAACAAUGCACGGCCCUAUCUGGGGGCCGCAGGAACCCCUCUUUCCUCGCAGGAUCAGAUACGGUGCUGGCACGGAUGGGCACUCCGGCCAUUGUCCCACACCCUCCAGCCGGCAGUGCUGCCCCAGCUCUGCGCCGGUGGCCCGAAGUGGCAGAAUCGCAGGAAAUCAGACCAGGUCAUAUCCCACAUGAAGUGCAUCACGGCUCGAGGCAUUAUUUUUUCCCCACCGUUCUCGGUGGCUCUUUCUGGACACGAGGAGCAGUGUGACACACAAAGAGUUGGCUUCCCAAAAUAACUCUGCGUGCAGUUGCUGCCGGGCUGAUUCACGGGCUACCCACGGCCACAUCCUCCCUCUGACCAAGGCUGAAUGCAGCUGGCCAAAAAGCAUCCGGCAGGGCUGGGACCGCUCCUGGGGCUGCGAGGGCAGCAGUGCUGGCUCACGGGGUCAGCACCUGCUGUGCUCUCCUUGCCCUGUAGUGAGCAGAGUGGGGGAAGCCCCUCUAUUGCACCCCUCCUAAUGCACCUACACCAUUAAAUGAAGCUGCUGCUCCUUGCAAGCACUCCCCCGCCCUGCGAGGCUGUUCCCACCCAUCUCCCAGCCAGCAGCGUGACCCAGCAGCCUUCUGCCUUUAAGAUAUUACCCUUAAUUAAUUUGUCUGUACCGAUACUCCUGCUAAUACUAUUAUUUGUAAUACCUCAGUGCAUCCCCGGGGAAGGGCACAAGUCUUAAUUAACAUCUGUAAAGCUGCCUGAGCACCAUCCCUGGAAAAUGUGAGGCAGGGAAGGUUACUGUCAUACCAAGAUGGUUUUAAAUUCUUUCCUUUUCCCCUUUUUUCAGACCCCUUCAUGUUUGUUUUUUUUCAGCAGACACUCAGAACUCCGCCUUCCCAGGCUUGUUUCCCAGCAUUACCUGUGCCAGCAAAGAGCCCAUUGCCCCCUGCCCCUCCCCACGGCACGGCCCCACUGCCCCGUGCAGCAGGCAGGGAUCGGCAGUGCUCGUGGAUUUCCUCAGCACAUAUCUGCACAGCUCUCACCCGGGUCUGCAUGCACACACUCACAAGCACGCUCCCUCCCUGGACGCACGGAAGUUUUCCUGCAGUGCUUUGCAGCCCCCAGCAAUGUGCAGGACCACAUUCCUGCCCAGUUCAGCAGUAGCGCAGGGGCUGCCCAGUGCGCUCACCACGCCGUGCGGUGCCUGGGGCCCCGCUGCUGCUGUGCCGAGGCUGCUCCGCCAAAUCUCCCACAUCUUGGCCGAGCUGAGCUCCCAGGCCGGCCAGAUUUCUUAUGCUUAGCAAAAAUAUUCAUUAACGACUUAAUCUGCACACACACAGGGGAAGCUUUUAGUGUAUUUGCUCUAGGUCCGUGAAACAGCGAUCUGGCCACCGUUUUAAACUCUGCCUUGAUCUGUGAUGUCAGAGAUGAAGAAUUCGGCAAAAUGCUGCUGGGGGAGAUGUCCCGAAGCAUCCCCCGUGCUCACGCUGCAGCGUAACCAUGGACAUGCACUGCUCCACUGAGAAAGCGUGCACUGCAAAAAUGUGCUUUGAGCCACAGCUCAUGGCCGUGGGACCAGCUGUGUGCUUGGCGUUUGUUCGCCAGCUCCGGGAUUUGUGUCACAAGCUCCAUGUCAUUUGUGUCCCAGCUGCUGAAAGCACGGAGGAAGCAGCUGAAAGCCCUUCACAUCUGCUCCCUGGGAGUGCCAGAGUUCCCCGCAUGCCACCCUUACCGCUCCUCUGACAGCUUUGGGUCUGAGGGCUCUGGGGUUUUCAGUGAUGUGGAGUCCUACACUGGGGUAGGAUUUGGCAGAGCGGUGAGGGUGAGUCUCUUGACCCUGGCUUACAUGGAGAGGAGAGUGGGAAGGGAGCACAUGAGCCCAUGCCAGGACACUGUGCUGAUGCCAGCUCCACACAGGAAGACAGCUCCAGCCCCAGUGCCCGGCCGUGCAGAUGCUUUGAGGACACCAUGUGAGCACAGCCAGGGCUCAGGAAUGUCCUGCUGUGUCCUCAAGGGACGUGCUGGGAGAUCUGAGAGGCUCCUAUGGGACAGCAUGGAACCCAUGGACCGAAAUGAGGCAGUGACAACCGAUGCACAUUGGUCCCCCUUCCCACUCCCCCCACAGACUCUGUCUGAUGCUAACCUGUUACAGCUGAUAACAGCCGCAAACGCUGCUGCUGCUUUCAUAAAAAUUCGUGGGAUGCCAGAUUAUUUCCACGCGCAAUGGGAGCUCUGGGGCCGUGCCUGCACGAACUGCUUCCCAAACACCUCCCACCACGGCCGCUGCAGGAAUGGGGUGGGAAUGCCCUGGGGCUGGGGCUGCCCAAAAUACCGACCACUGGUUGAGGACAGAUGGACAGAUGGACGCACAACUCCUAUAGGAGAUUCACGGCACCCGGGGUACUCCAUGGACACGUCCCGAUGGAAGAUAAGUUCCUCAGUCCCAUGGGAACAUGUUCCAGCCAACAGCCCCGUGCCUGUGCCCCGAGCAGGAUGUGCUCCCGCGGAGCAGCGCAGGGAGGGCGCGGAGAGAGCAGUUGGCAGGAGCGCAGCUGCGGCUCGGUGUGAGUUUCUGGGGGGAUUUUUAUAGGGGGAAGGCUGAUGAGUAAUAAACAAGGUGCUGCCUGAUUCUUGUUUGGAGGAAAAAGGGGGGGGGGAGGAGAGAGGGGCUGAGGGAAAGGGAGAAGCACAGGGAAGAGGAGAAGGAGAAAGAAAUGACCUUGGUGAGCUUUUCUGGCCGCUCUCCAGGUCGCAGGCUGAUGCCAAAAAAAUCUCCGAGUCCCUUUUGGCUGGAAGUACGCUCCCUGCGUUAGGUGAAUCACACACACAUUUCUGGAACAUUACAUGUUCACAGUUGCAAAGCUCGCAGUAAUUAGAAAAACUACGAGACCAAGGCAGGGGGAAAACUAUGAGUCACACAUGGAAGCGGUGUUAUUGUGCUGCAGGAGGAUCAGCUUUGCAGACUGACGGAGGUAAGCGUGCAGUGACUGCCCCCUGCGCUGCCCAGGCGUGUGGGGCUGCGUGUGCACGGAGGGGCUGAGCUGCACCCAGGUGGGGUGCUUGGUUCACGUGGGAUGGCUCCGGACAAUGUGCUCUUAACUCACUGCGGGGAUGUUCUCACCCGCAGUCGGAGGGCUGCCCACAUUAAGCAUCAUCCGCAUCCAACCAUGAAUUUCACCGUAUCAAAAGAAGCUCUUCUUCCCGCAGAUUAAGAGCUGUCAUGCCUGGAGCUGGACACAAGGAGUUAUUUCAGCUCAGUGACCUGCACUGGAGGGUACCCAGCUGCCACCAGGUGACGUGUGACCACUCCCCAGCACGUACCUGUGGCACGGGCUGACCGCCCGCCCGCUGCCACUCUGCAUUGAGAUGGUGGAGGAGCCCCCUGCAGCCCCCUGCGUCCAAGGGGGUUUCAUAAAUCACGCAGACAGUCUUGUUUCAAAUGAGCUGAUGGAUGGAGCUUUCAUCCCUUUCUUUGCACGACCCUUCUGCUGCUAUUCAUUAACAGCACAAAGGGUGCUUUAACCUGGGAGCAAACCGGGCUCUUCUUUGUUUAGUUAACUCUCCUCCUGAGUCCUCCCAUUUGGCAUGGGCAGAGCCAUGCUCCUCAUGCGUGCAUUGCACUGUGUCGAAUUACCUCGCAUCGUGUUGCGUUGUGUUGUGCUGCAUCACCUUGCCUUGCAUCACAUCACAUCACGUCACGUUGCAUCAGAUCAGGCUGCAUCGCACCCUGCUGCUUCGCAUUGCACGGCAUUGCGUCACGUUACAUCGCACCACGAUGUGGCACGUGCCAUUGCACCUUUGGGUGGGCUCGCAGCACAGUCACUGCCUGGGUCCUGAGCAGCGUGAGCUCCCGCCAGCCCGGGGACAGUGCUCUGAGAUCAGCCCUGUGCAGCAGCGAUGGGCAGAGGGGGCUGCCAGCGGUCAGCGGAGACUCCAUUCAGGGAAGGCCAAGGAGUGGAUUACGCAGCAGACGAUGAAGCGAUGCUAUGGACAAACCGCCCAAACACGAAAUCUUCCUGCAAUACUCCAAGACAGAUUGUUACACAUCUCUGCCAAGAAAUCAAACAUUCCUGCUAGAGUCAGGGCUUUCACAGAAGCCCCCUCCGAGACAUCAAGUGAGGCUAAGACAACAGUCCAGAGCUUUGCUAGCAAAUCAUGAGUCCCGAGUGUCUCUCCAGCUGGCAGGACCAUCAUUGACCUGAAUGGCCUUGUCCUCCCCGAAGCAGCUCUGUCAAUUUGGCCACAAUCCACUUAAUAAUGUAGCUAGAGUAUAAAGAUGUAUCCAGGCCCAACCACAAAACAGCUGGAGUCUGUAGGGUUGACUUAAUCCUGGUAGAAUAAAACAGGGAAACUAGUGGGAGUCAGCGAGGAUGUUGCUGGCUGGGUUUGGAGCAGUGCUGAGUAAUAAAAGGGAUCAAAUGUGUUAGGCGCAAGCUGUCUGGAGCCACAGUUGUUGUUGUUGUUUUAACUAAUUGAAUUUUAGUGCUGGUGAAAGGUACCAGAUUGACAGCUCUGGGGAGCGGUGUCUGCUUCUCACACCAGGUACAGCACAGCCAGCCCCCUCUUAAUUCCCAUCUUGGCCCAGACCCUGUGCUUUCCUGUCAUGGGGAAUGCUCCUGACAUCCUUCCCUGUGCAGCUGGGACCUGCACCAGAGGCUCUCUGCGUGCCCUGCUGACCUGCCUGGUGGUGCGGAGGUGCUUCAGGUCUGGGAGGAUGGGACAAGCAAUGGUCACAGGGACCGUGCUCAUGCCUGGAGAGGUGUGGAAGGGAGGUGCUGCUCAGAGUGAGACAUUCACUUUGGCCAGCUCCCAGGAAGGGCUGUGCAUGGGAGAGCAGGGCUGUGGCUGGGUGGGAACGCUGGAGCUGAGGGUGGAGGGUGCGGGCAAGAGCAGCAUCUCCAGAAGGGAGCAGCAGCUGCAUCCCUGCAGGGCACUGGGCAAGGAUGCAGCUGCACACGGGUGCUGGGUGGCACAGGCAGGGGCACUGCAGGGCUUUGCUCCCCUGCUGCGAGUCAGGGAUGGUCCUUGCCAGGUCAAGUGCUGCAGGGUCAGUCACUCUGUGCACUUCCCCAGUGAAUGUAUGACAGCCAGGAGACACCUGCACCAUGGGUGCUAGAGUGAGUCUGGACCUGGGGUAUGCAGGGCCGGGUGCAGGCAGCAGAGAGACCCUCUGUUCCAGCAAGCGUGCUCAGGACAGCAGCUACGCAGGGCUGCCUGCUUGCAGGGCACCUUGUCAGUCCUGCUCUAUAAAUAGCCAGGAAACAGCCCGGCAGGAAGCUGCAGACUUUUGGAGGGGAGAAGGAAGGGCUGGGCUUCAGCACUGCCAAGUCCUGGUCAGUGGGGGCUGG